GUCAGUGCGCCGCGAGCCUUCGUCGCGCGUACGUGCGUGCGUAUGUGCGUUCGAUCUAACCAGCGCCGAUGAUUUAAAAAAAGGAGAAAAAUGACAACGGCGCGAAACGUCUUGGAACCUCCGAUCGGAUCGCACGAUCGUGCCAUCAGCAGUCGUCGUCGUGGAAGCGUGAUGGUCAGGUGCGCGUCCUGAUCGCAGCGUCGUUAUCAUUAUCGUCGUCAUCGUCCGUGUUACGCGCCAGCUACUUGCGUGCGGACAGCAUGUGUGAUGCGACUCGGGUGUGUUGCGCCGCGCGGUGUUCGAGGAUUUCUUCUGCCGGGCUGAGACGCACGUCCGCGCGUGAACGAGAGUAAGACAGGGACAUUCACGCAGAACGGAGAGAGAGAGGAAGGGAAGAGCGUGAAAAGAAAAGGAAAAAAAGAAAGAGAGGGGACGAGAGAGAGAGAGAAGCGACAUGGCGCCCCCCGACAGAUCGGCUCGCCCCGGCUCCGGUCUCAGCCUCUCCGUGCUCGACCUGGCGCAGAUACGAGCGUUGGUCGAGUCGACGGGGAUGCUGGGUGGCUCGACAUGUCCAUCCUGCGAGAUGCCGUUCGACAAGGGCAAGAAGCGUCGGCUGAUCGACUCCUGCGGCCACGAGCGUUGCUACUCCUGCCUGUUUCGCAGCGAGGCCUGUCCCCUUUGCCUGCGCGGCUGCGAUCUCAACGACGACGAGGACGAGCUGGAGAAGCCAUCUCUUGGGGAUGAGUUCGCUGCCUCCUCGGUUCCGCUGUCCGCCUUCGCACCCACUGACGGUUGGCUCGACGAGUCAUCGGUCGUGAACUCCCUCUGCGGCAGUCCCAGGCCGCGCAGCAAGAUCACCACGAGAGCCAAUCUGCCGUUGCGAGUUAUGCACCAGCGAGGCGGCGAAGAAAAUCUCUCGCUGGUAGCGAUAGCGAAGAACUUGAAGAGCAAGCCUCCGCCACUUCGAGAUCCUUCUCAAGGCCGGCAGAAACUCCAAAUGACGCAAAGCUGCCUCACACCGCCGAACCAACGGAGAAGGUUCUUCCUCAACCCGAAAGUGCUCAGAAGUUCCUUUGCCGCGCAGAAAUCCUCGAGACGUACAGCAUCCUCGCCCGAACGGACUGCAAAUGACAAUCCUUCCGCAUUAUCAGAUGACGAGGGCGGUUGCGUCAAACCAUUAUCCUCGAAGACGAGGAAAUCGUCGCAGUCGGACCUCUACAUGAGGCUGGGCCUGCUGUUGGGAUCCGGUCGAGCGAACGUGAACGUGGAACCAGGACACGCGUGUGCCUCGCGUGCUCCAGUGCAAGGGCACGACAGUUCCGCAGCCUCCUUCAGCAGCCUGACCAGCUUCGAGACGCAGACGGUGGCUUCGACGAACACGAGUCCGGUGUCGACGUUGACGGGCACGUCGAGCGAGACGGAGGCCGCGGCGGCGCUGCGAUGCCCCGUCAAGCCGAAGGUCAAGGCCAAGGGAAAGGUCAAGUCCAGAGACUGCGACAGCGCCGGCAGCCUCGCAUCCAUCUCCACGUCGUUGUCCGCGUCCACGUCCAUGUCUAUGUCCAUGUCCGUGUCCGUUUCCGGUUUGUCGAACGGCAGCUCCAGCCCGCUUACGCCCAGAAGACAUUCCGUUAACGCCGCGGGUCAAGCCGACGAACUCGGGCAGUUCAAGACCAGGCGAUCCUGCGCGCGAAGAUCGGCGAGAACUGGCAACGUCAAAGGACCAGCAGACGCUAAACUGCGCUUCGUGCAACAUCACGCGACACAAUUAACUCUGAAGCCGUUGUUCUUCGAGGUGCCAUUGCUGGAGGAGAAUCCGCUCUUCACGGGACGGCAGUGGCUGUUGCACGAAUUAGAAUCCGUGAUCAGUGGCUCCAGUCCUGGUAUCCUGGUCUCCGGGUCGCCGGGGACCGGCAAAACCGCGUUGGUUCUGCAACUAGUGGAGCACAGCUGCUUCGGAAGACGAAGAGAGCAGCUAGCAGCCUCGGAAGUGAGCGAGGAACUCGACGAGAAAGAGAAACCGAGCACCAACGCGACUCUGCAGGCCAACAUCCGACAUACUAACGAAAAGGUCCGUGAAUUAGCGUCACACGUGGUAGCUUAUCAUUUUUGCCAAGCCGACAAUAACAGUACCUGUCUAGUGCCCGAUCUGAUUCACUCGCUAGCCGCGCAACUCUGCCAGGCUCCUCAAUUGAUCUCAUAUAGGGAAUACCUCCUGUCCGAGCCUCAUCUUCAAGGCUCGCUGUCGCAAAGAGAAUGCACUGUCGAUCCGGAUCUCGCGCUUUCGAGGGGCAUCAUUGAACCGCUUUUGACUCUGAAGAAAGCCAACAGACUACCAGCCUCCAAUAUGGUGAUAUUAAUUGAUGCCCUUUGCGAAGCGGAGUAUCACAGGCCGGACAGAGGCGACACUAUAGCUUCUUUUCUGACGAGGCAUGCACCGAACAUUCCUAGUUGGUUGAAGAUCGUCUGCACCGUCAGGACGCAAUUGCUUGAUUGUGCGAAACAGCUGCCGUACACGAGGAUCUCGUUAGACAAGACUGCGAACGACACGAUCGGCAACAGCAUCGCGAGGGAUCUGUCCGAUUACAUCGGCUACAGGCUCGCGCAGAGUCCUUCCAUACAGGCGAACGUUACCGCGUCGAUAAACGGCAAGGCGGAAUCAUCGUGCAACGCGAGUCAGACCAGGUUCGCCUCGCACUUGCUCGCGUUGGCCAGAGGCAGCUUCCUCUUCGCUAAGCUGACGCUUGAUCUUAUCGAGAGCGGACAUUUAGUAGCCAAAUCGGCAAGUUACAAGGUAUUACCGGUCUCUCUCGCGCAGAUCUUCCAGUUACAUUUCAACUUGAGAUUUCCUACAGCAGCUUCGUUCGACAAGGUGCAACCGCUCCUGGCUGUCUGUUUGGCGGCUCUGUAUCCACUUACUUUACCUGAAAUUUUCUACUCUGUGAAUUCCUUGCACGCGGAUAAUUUCGUUUCAUGGGAAGACUUCUUACAGAGAUUCAAGAUGCUCUCUGGCUUUCUUGUGAAACGCUUGGACAACACGUACAUGUUCUUCCAUCCAUCGUUCAGGGAAUGGUUGUUGAGACGAGACGAGGGAGAAUCGACAAAGUUCCUAUGUGACUACAGACUCGGGCACGCGGCAAUAGCGUUCAGAUUGUCGCGUCUUCAGGCACCAUUGGACGGUGACAAGGCUCUGGAAUUGGGCCAUCACGUGCUGAAGGCACACGUUUACAGAGGCGUCACUCCGUGUUGGCCCUCCCGUGAUUUGCAAGCAAUCUGGCUAACAUUAUCGACGAAAUGCGUUUCCUCGGCGUUGUGCAUGCUGCGGAACAUCUACAGCCCGAACGUGAAGGUAUCGCGGUUGCUCCUGCUGGCGGGCGCAUCCCCGAAUCACAUUACCGAGUACCUGGGUAACGCACCGGUUCUGUGCAUGUACGCGCACGAGGGCUCUGUCGAGAUGGUGUCCCUCCUCCUGGAGUUUGGCGCCGACGUUGAGCUAACUAAUAGCCAGGGUUGCACUGCGCUCUCGCUGGCGGCCGCUCGAGGACAUUGCGACGUCGUCAGAAGAUUGGCCGCCGCUGGAGCGUCUUUAGGACACGCGGAUAUGGCCGGCCAAUGUUCCCUUGUGCAUGCAGCAAGACACGGCAGACUCUCCGUGGUUGGGUAUCUUCUCGCUUGUGACUGGGUCGUGCCUCCUGAUGAUGAGAGCAAAACGGAGAACGGCAUCACGGAAGUGGGCAGAGAGGAGGCUGCUCAACAAGCUGUUGUUGCCGCCGCGUCACAGGGCCACGAAGCUGUGGUGGAGUACCUUCUGGACAUGGCCGAGGUAAUCGUGGAUCGGCCCGACACAUUGAUAGGCGAAACCGCCCUGACGAUCGCCGCUGCGAACGGUCUGACCGGCACGGUUUCUGCUCUCUUGGCCCGCGGUGCUAAUCCCAUAGCUGUGAACGCGAAGGGACUUUCUCCUCUCAUGCUCGCUGCCAGGGAAGGACAUUGGGGUACCGCCGAACGGCUUCUGCAAGGAGACUUAUCCACCAGCACGGACAUGGUAUCGGAUGAAGCUAUAUCGCUUCUGGAACAACGCGACCUUGCCGGCCGUAACGCGUUAAUACUGGCCGCUUCCGAAGGCCAUACUAAUCUAAUCGAGCUGUUCCUCGAUAAAGGAUCAGUUCUAGAAACGAAGGACAAGGAAGGGCUCACUGCGCUUGGCUGGGCCUGCGUCAGAGGACGUGUACCUGCCGUGCAGAUCUUGCUCGAUCGUGGUGCCGAUGUGAACACAAACGACAACACUGGUAGAACUCCUUUGGAUUUGGCCGCAUUCCAGGGUAAUCCAAAACUAGUACAGCUGUUGCUCGAAAAGGGAGCCGCGGUGGAACACGUCGAUCUUCACGGCAUGCGACCGUUGGACCGAGCCAUCGGAUGUCGCAAUAUACCGGUGGUUCAAUGCUUCUUGCGUCGUGGUGCGAAACUAGGUCCGGCCACGUGGGCGAUGGCGGCGGGGAAACCGGACGUUUUAAUUAUACUGCUCAACAAGCUCUUGGAGGAUGGCAAUAUUUUGUACCGGAAAAACAGGCUGAAGGAAGCGUCACAUCGAUAUGCAUAUGCCCUCAGGAAAUUCCCCGCUUCGCCAGAAGAAGACUGCCAAGGGCAAGAGCAAAGCAACAUGAUGCUGCAGCUCCAGACCUUCACUCAGCUUCGCAUGAACUUCCUGUUGAAUCUCAGUCGAUGCAAGCGCAAGAUGAACGAAUGCGCCGAAGCUAUCGAACUCGCUGAUGAAGCUCUCAGCGUCCGACCCGUGUCCUACGAAGCCUUUUAUGCCAGAGCUAAAGCGCGCGUGGAUCUGGGAUUGUUGGAGGACGCUUUAUCGGAUGUUCAGGAAGCUCUACGACAUGCAUCAGCCCACAACAAGCAGGAUCGUAAAGUACUCGUCACUCUGAGGGAUGAGAUUGUCUCUCGGAUCGACGGCGCCGGGACCAGUAAAGAACACGAUGAUUGCAGAUCUCGCCUGCGGGCAUCAGUGGAUACUCUUACAGAAUUGUAACGAUACUUUGUUAAAAUGAAUAAGCAAAGCUCAUAUACAAAUUGCGAUUCGAUUUAAGAGUAACGAUAACAAUGAUAAUUUAUCAUUGUCAUUAUUGAUCCAAGAUGCAAUUUAAGGCCACAUUUAGAAAACGGCCAAACAAGCUUUAUCUUUUAGCACUUUUGAGACUCAAGCUCUCCCACUUUUCGUUUGCGCUUGAAUAAAUUGAAUACGAGUGACAAAAAUUUGCCGAAAAUUCGUUGAGAAGUUAAGCUUAUAAUAUGAAAAUGCCUUUGUAUUAUAAAUACAAUUUCUUACGCAUUUCUUAUCAUACACGUUCCCGUAUUUAUAUAUAUUAUUAUAUAGAUAUUUAACUCGUUGCGUUACAAAAAUUCAAUGUGACAGAUUAAUUUGAUUAAAUUUAUAUCUUAUUUUAUAUAGGAAUAGCUUCACUCCUACUCAGACUGCGAUUGAGAAUAUAAUUGUUAAAUAAUUCGUGCGACUUCCUGUUAACGAACAUUCACAACUCGCUUUUAAAUCAUCGAUGAUUCACACAAUACGUACAUUUAUACUAUAUCAUAUUUAAUGAGAUACGAUUAUACUUAAAAGCCAGUUUUGAAUGAUAAUUCCAUGGUGCCUGACACCGUUAGCUAUAUAUUUCUUCGAGUUGUACGUUGUCCUGUAAAUUGCACUUGUGAAAAUUCCUUGUCUAGUACUCUUUUGCAGUAUCUUAAAGAUAUUCUUAAAACAAUGAAAAUUGGUUAACAUUAAUAUUCAAUCAUUCGAUGUAUAUUGUCCGGCGUGAUUUGCAAAUUGUCGCGAUAACCUGCAGUUGCUACUACAUUAACAACGAAUUAUACAUAUUAUAAUUGAUAACACAAUGAUGUGUUGAUAAAUUAUUAUUAAUGUGCGAGAUACUCGGCGGCCAUAUUGCUGGCAAUAGUGACCAAAAGAUCAAUCUAUUUAAAUAUAAUUUUAAACUCAUAAUAGGAGAAUUUGCAGUGUUAUACAAGCAUUACAAAACAUUAUACGAUUCUCGAUUCGAUUAAAAAAUUAAAUAAAAAUACACACACACAAUACGCAAAUAAUUGUGUAAUAUAUGAGCAUAAUAAUUGGACUUAGAGCGUGAUUUUAAUUUAAACGAACUAUUUAAUUGUUUUCGUCAGUAUUUUGUAUAAUUAUAGAUAGUGUGCAACAUUCGUUAUAUAUUGAAUUAAAUGUGAAAGUGUAAUUAUUGAAUCAUAUAUCACAUUUAAAAUCAUUUAGCUUAAAAUACAAAAUAAUCGCAGAAAUUUUUGAUUUGAGCAUGAAAAAUGUUAAUUUUGUUGUCGAAUAACACGAGAUGAGCUGCUCGAUGCUUUAACCAUACAGCAAUAUUUAUGAUGCUUGUAUCUUGCCAAGAGUAAAAAAGAUGUCGCAGAACUACUAGCAUGUUUCUUUAGCGAAAAAUUUGAUUGGAUUUUAUUUACACUUUUAAGUAACGCAACUGCCAAGCAAAAGCUGCUAACGCUUUAUUGAAAUAUAAAUGACAAUUAAUUUGACGUAGUUCUGAGAUAGCUUGUACAUACGUAUUUUUCAAUAUAUAUUGAGAGAAAGAGAUAUAAUAUCUUGAUCGAAGAUAUAUUGAUUAAUUUACUAAAACUGUAACUUAAAUACAAGACACAAUGUGAGACGAAAUGAUAAUAAGGCACCUGAUAUCGCUUGUUUCUCAAGAUUAGCUAAAGAAAAUGUACAUUUUACGGGUUCUUCUAUAAUUUCCUAAAAAUACGUUCCAUAAAAGUGAUAUUCGGUGCGUUUACUCUCAAGGGAACGUGCAACGUAGAAUGUACGAAGCGUAUAUUUCCUUUGGCUAAUUUUCAAAAUAACAAUACCAGGUAUGCUAUUAUUAUUUCUGUCCCACAUUGCAUAUGGAGCUUGUAUCCACGAGUUUCAACGAAGAGCUAUAUAGUUUUUAUGUGCAGCUCCACUUUACGAACGUUCCAAGUGGAAAAGCAGGUAUAUUGAAUGUUAUUGACCCGUCGUCGUAACAAAGGUGUCAAAAUAAACGAACUUUUCAUUCA